AUGGCUGACGACGACGACGAUGACAAUCCACGUCCUCUGAGUAUCAGCGACGUCUGCUGUCUGCUGCUGUCUGCUGCUUCUCAAACCACGGAGCAAGCUCAAUGUUCUGGCGCUGGGAGAUUCUGCCUCUCUUUGCUGACCUGUACAGUUGAUGGUUUUAAUCACCCCGAGGAAACUGGAUCCGGUGUCCACAAUCAGAAGCCUCGUUCUGACCCAAGUGCAUGUGGCAACAUGUCGGAGGCUCUGGGGCCCAAAUCCCUUCUAAUGCCACUGUCCAUGGUUCGGGCUGAGACCUGCAAUUUUAGAAACGGCAUAAGCGUCUGGGUGCUGAGGGCCCCCAAAUUCCAGUCUGCAGUAGUGAUAGCAAAAGCUGCUUCUACUCUUGUGGGACGGUCAAACGUGCAGUUCGGGGGAGGGGUGGCAUGUGCUUCGAUUGAACCCGAGAAGAGGUCCGACACUGUAGAUGCGGAUCUAAUUGUGAGAGACAGGGACUUUGAAGCUUCCUUUGAUGGAAGAAUCUGGACUGUGAAGUAUCAUUGGAUAGAAGGGAAGGCUCCGGUAUUGAAGAACAAGGUGAGCCGCUGCAACCAUGAAAUGAGCACGGAGAAGGUUACUAGCUUUGAGCAGGAAGUGGAGAAAUGGAUAAACGAGGGGAUAUUGAUGCCUUGGGACGAGGAGGUCGAUGAAGGGAUUAUUCCGCUGAUGGCGGUUGAUCAAGUCAACAAAAACAAGGUGAGGCCUGUACUUGACUUUAGAGAGUUGAACGAAGCAGUGGAGUGCCACACGGGCGACGAUCUGAUAGAUGUGUGCGAUGAUGUGUUAAGACAGUGGAGGCAGGUGGAGGGCGACACUGAGAUAGUUGAUCUGAAGGCAGCAUACCUACAACUACAUGUCAGUCGGGAACUAUGGAAGUAUCAACUGGUGAGGUUCACAGGAAAGUCCUACUGCCUGACGCGGUUAGGGUUUGGGCUGAACUGUGCGCCACGGAUAAUGACAAAAGUGUUGAAGACUGUGCUGGAGCAGAGGGAUGAUAUUCGAUUUUCCACAAGUUCAUAUUAUAUUGAUGAUAUUUUGGUGAGUGUGUCCCAAGUCAGCUCAGAGGAUGUUAUUUCCCACUUGAGGAGGUAUGGGCUUGUUGCCAAACCGGCAGAGAAGCUGGAAGGUGGAACUGCACUGGGCUUGAAGCUUUUUAGGGGUCCAGCGGGCAGAUUGUGGUUUGGACGAAGCGGGGAGUUACCAAGGGUGAAUCGUCGACUGACGAAACGAGAGCUGUUUUCACUGUGUGGGAAGCUCACUGCACAUUAUCCUAUUGCGGGAUGGCUGAGGUUGGCAUGCAGUUACGUGAAACGCCAUUCAGGGGGAGAGAAAUGGGACAGCUAUAUUUGUGACAGGGCUCAGGUAAUGGUGGAGGAGAUUGUAGCGCGUGUUGGAAAAGAUGAUCCGGUCAGGGGAGAAUGGGGGGUCGAACAUGCCACUGAUGGCACCGUCUGGUGUGAUGCGAGUUACUUAUGCGAAGGCGUAAACCUAGAGAUAGACGGAGUGGUGGCUGAGGAUGCGGCCUGGAUGGGAAAGCCAGAUGAUUAUCACCAUAUAAACGUGGCAGAAUUGGAUGCGGUACUGAAGGGUGUGAACUUGGGGGUGAAAUGGGGGCUUAAAGACAUGUUUAUUAUGACAGAUUCGGUUACUGUGGGCCGAUGGAUCGAUUUGACCUUGUCAGAAGAAAGGCGAGUCAAGACUGCGGGUGCAGCAGAGAUCUUGGUGAAGCGCAGGCUGGCAGUACUGAAGGAGAUGGUUGAAGAACUGGGACUAACAAUCCGGGUACAGAUCAUAGGGUCGAAAGGCAACAAGGCGGAUGCGAUGACCAGGGUUACGAAGGAGUGGAAGGAGUGGGCCAAAGUCGACAGAUUGGGUUGUGGGGCGGUUGGUGUUUCUGCAAAGGAACUUCACGAUCAGCAUCACUUUGGGGUGGAAAGGUCAUGGUAUCUGGCACGACAGGUGGACCCAAGAUGGAACGUGAGGCCUUUCUUCAGAGCGGCCUAUCGACCGGGGGGGAAUGGAAUAGAGGAAAGGAAUCAUCGGACUAUCAAAGCGAUAGCGGAGCGAGGAAACAUGUCGCCGGUGGAUGCAGUAUUUUAUUACAAUUGUUCACCGAGAUAUAGACAAGAAGAGACCCCUGUGCUCAAAGGUCGGUCAUGA